CCUCCAAGCAUCGACUGUGGGUCGCUAAUAAUACCCAUCAAUCAUCUUCAUGUUUAACGGAGCGGACAAAUUAGAUCAGUGACCACCGCGUUUGAAACAACAAUCACAACGAGAUGAUAUCGUCAAAUCAGAGGAAUCUCUAAUGACCCUUCCAGACCAUCCAGAUCAUCUUCGUUCCUUGAGUCCUUUCUUCCUACCCCUGGUUUCGCCUGAUAAGCAAAACAUUGGCCUCAGUUCCUGCCCACACUGAAGUCUGUGGGUGGUAUAUUUCAACCUCGCUCAAUCUAGACCCCAUUUAGUCUCAUUUUCUGAAGGCAAUCUACUAUCAUCAUUACUCUUAUUAUUAUAGUCAUCCCUCAACCGUCUACUACGCAUAAAUAGAAAGCAUGGAUAUCACCGCUCAGAACUUUGGGCUAACUCUCCCUAUGCUCCUAGACGAGUUGUCAACCUGCUGUUUUGUAGCCCUGGACUUCGAGUUCUCAGGAAUAGCAAAAUCUCUCGAUGGAGGCACGAGUCGGAGGAGCACGCUUCAGGAGCGGUACGAAGAGGUCAAGACAUCUGCCGACCACUUCCAGAUUCUGCAGGUCGGCUUGACCAUCUGUCAUGAAGACCCGAAGGAAGGUAUCUACACCCUGCGGCCGUAUAACCUGUAUUUGAGCCCGAUCAUUGACGACAGGCUCGGAAUCGAAAGGCACUGGUCCUUUCAAAGCAGCGCUGUUUCGUUUCUCUUGACCCACAGGUUUAGCAUGGACUCGCUCUUCAGAAAUGGCGUGGGCUAUUUAUCUCGAGACGAAGAGAUCAAGGCCACUGCCAGGGUCACUGAAAGGUUCAAACGUCCGGAAGCGACGACCACAAUAGGUGUUGAUGAAACCGAGUCUGAAUCAAUUGCCUUUCUCCAAGAAGUGCGACGUCUUGUGGAUGAGUGGCUUGCGCUUGGUACAGCCCGCGGUAACUACCUCAACAUUCCACCAGCCAGUCGUCCCGGUGCAGUAGAAAAGCCUGGUCUCAUGCCGGUGGAACUUAAUAGAUUCCAAAAGAGACUCAUAUAUCAACUUAUAGAGGUGGAGUACCCGUUGCUGAAAGCUUUCGGACGGCCGGCCGGGUUCCUGCAAAUCAUAGACCGCGACGAGAAGCGGGAACAAGCCGUCCUUGCGCAGAAAAUCGAGUCUACGCAGAAGAGAGCUUGGGAACAGACGGGGUUCAGAUGGGUCGCCGAGGCUCUGGCUGGUGGUGAUCUCACCAAUCUCCCGCAGGACUACUUCAGCAACCGCUGGGCAGGCUUGCAAGGGCCAAGGCCCCAGCUGAAUUCAGAUCAAAUCAAGCAACGCCUGCGAGCCACUCGACCGGUGCUCGUGGGCCACAAUCUUUUCACCGACCUGAUAUACUUCUGCCGAUGCUUCUUCGGGCCUCUGCCGGAUCGUGUCGAGGAGUUUCAAUCGAUGACUCAUGAGAUGUUUCCUGUUCUGAUGGAUACAAAAUAUAUGGCUACCCAUGAUUGCGGUUCCAUCAACCCUACGUCUUCCUUGCAAGAUAUUCACAACAAGCUGGCUCCCAACCUUUACCCGAAGACCAAGCUUGCUUCUCGGCAUACAAAAUACGAAGCUCAAGGCAUCAACCAUGAGGCGGGCUAUGACAGUUUGCUCACCGCCGAAGUCUUCAUCAAGCUCUCUGCACAGCUUCGGGACCGGGGCGCAGACGAUGAACCUACACCGCCAGCCCAGGAGCUUAUCUGGCAGGGAUUAACUCCAAAGUCUGGUCGGCCUGCGUCGGCUGAGUCGCACGAGCAGCUCGUUGAGCACACGAGCAAUAAUUAUAUGAAUCUCCGCACGGGCGAGGCUGAGGAGGCCAGCAAGAGCGCGGCUCUCAGUGUCAGCGCCGAGUCUCCAGGAGCGUCUGGGAUGGCGCUGAGACCCAGUAACUCGAUAGCAAUCCAAGAUAGAGCUAACCGUGGACGGCUGAUCCCUCGACUAGACGCCAAAUUCUGGAGCACCUAUGGAAACAAGUUGCGGGUCUUUGGGACGCAAGAGAGGGUGUGCCACUUUGGGCCUUCCGCCUCCGACUCUAGAGUGUGCAGAAGCUGUCAAGAGACCAUCGUCCGCCGACAAUAUGCCUCUGCUGCGACGACGCAGGGCACCCCCGAGACCACGACCGCGCCGCCCAGCUCGGCCUUCCCCGUCGUGAAGCCCACCCACACCAUCAAAGCCGGCGUACUGCUGUCCCGGCAGCCCCAGAUCACCCGCGACCUGACCGAUUUCGAGAAGGCGUACUUCUUUUACCAGCGCCGCCUGAACGAGCGGCUGACGCUCCCCUUCACCAAGUACUUCUACUUCAAGCGCGGCACGCCCGCCGACGAGGACUGGAAGCGCAAGAUCCGCGAGCGCCAGACCGCCGCCCGCGACAUCGGCAAGUACAACGCCUACUCGAAGGAUGCGUGGAACGACGAGCUGCUCGUGGGCGCCGUCGAGUCCGACCCGGCCCACCAGGUCGAGAUGCUCGUCCAGGACGCCGAGGCCACCGCCAAUGCCACCUCCCAGGACACCAGCAAGAAGGAGGAGAUCCCCCGGCCGUUCCCCCGGUGGACGGAGGCGGACGAGAAGGGCGACGACAAGAGUCUGAACCGGGCCCUGCAGCGGACGCUGUAUCUUCUCGUGCAGUCGAAGGAGGGAUACUGGAAGUUGCCCAGCUCGGCGGUGGAGCCGGAGGAGACGAUGAAGCAGGCUGCCCAACGUACCCUCGCCCAGGCGGCGGGUGUUAACAUGAACACCUGGUUCGUGGGCUACCACCCCGUCGGCCACUACGUCUACAACCUCCGCAAACCCUCCUCGGAGCUCCGCGGCGAGAAGACCUUCUUCAUGAAGGCGCGCAUCUUCACCGGCCAGGCCGACUUGACUGGCAAUGCUGAUAACCUGACCGAUUUCAAGUGGUUGGCCAAGGACGAGAUCGCCAAGUACGUCCGGCCACAGUACUAUGCCAGCAUCAAGAACAUGCUGGCCGAGCGGUAAACGAAAACCUCCUGAGGAUGUUUUUGCUUCGUUUCCACUGUACUGUUAGGAUAGAAUUAGAUUGUUGAGGGGGUCUGCGGGGUGUGUGUGGCAGUUAGAACCGGGAAUAUCUGCAUAUAUUUUGUAUGUGUGUGUGCGUGUGUGUCAUGUAUAACUAGCUUUUUUUACUACCAAAGUUCUUAUUCCAGUUAACUGUUGGAUAUCAUGUG